GGUUAUUAUUUUGUAUCUCAAACUAUGUUCGUAAAAAUAUGUCAAAAAAUAACACAUGACAGAGAUAAAAGUUAUCUUAAGCACUAAACGUCAAAAUCGGUCAGGUGACAAAAUUGAAGAAAUAUUUAAAGAAAAUAUUGUAAAUAUACUUAAUAACUUCGACUGACCUAUUAAAUAUUUGAAGUUUUUUUUACUAAGCUAAACAAUCCAAUGUUAAAUCAAAAAAUCGGAAAAAGUUUCUACAAUGCACAACAUAGAAUAUUAGAUCACAGAGUUUUUGUCAAUGGUGAAAUUGAAAAUUUUUUAAAUAAUUUUGAGAUUAAACGUAACGACAUUGAAGUGGAAACACUCUUCAAGUUAACAGAAACUGUAGGUGAACUUAAAUACGAUUUAUCUGAUCGCUGCAUUUCAUUGGGAACGGCGAAUCUUAAUCAAAUAUCAACAGACAUAAAAGAUUUAUUAAGCGGUGUAGAACUGUUUUUAAAAUCAACAAAUAUUGAAAAGCCGCCGGGUGAUUUCUUAGCAGAGUCUCGCAAGCAGAGACAACAGAUAAAGGAUAACUUUUGCAACGAUCUUAAACACGGAUUUACACGCAUUGAUAACUCUUUUGAACAGAAGGAGGAAGAAAUUGCAGAACUCUACUCCGAUCUGCAAUUAAAGUUAAAUAUAACUAAGUAAAUUCAAUAUACCAAAA